GCUGAGGCGCCUGAGGCCGGCCGGCCGGGGGCACUUGCUGGGCCUCCACUGCGGGCGGGAGGGGCGGCCGAGCCCCGGCCCUGCCCGGCCCAGCCCAGCCCCGGGGAGCGGCGCCAGUAUCAACUCCAUGUGAUUGGAAGUACCAAAUAAGUUGAGCUUCCCCACAUCAAUGUACUGCCAAUGGGUUAUAUCCUGUGUUGUGACCUCAUGGUUUAAGUGGGAAUAAAGAUGAGUAUAAGCAGUGAUGAGGUCAACUUCUUGGUAUAUAGAUACUUGCAAGAGUCAGGGUUUUCUCAUUCAGCAUUUACCUUUGGUAUAGAAAGCCAUAUCAGCCAGUCUAAUAUCAAUGGUGCCCUGGUUCCACCUGCUGCUCUGAUUUCUAUCAUCCAGAAAGGCCUGCAGUAUGUAGAGGCAGAAGUCAGUAUUAAUGAGGAUGGUACCUUGUUUGAUGGACGACCUAUAGAGUCUUUGUCACUGAUCGAUGCUGUGAUGCCCGACGUGGUACAGACCAGACAGCAAGCGUACAGAGAUAAACUUGCCCAACAACAGGCGGCAGCUGCCGCCGCCACCACCACCACCACCAAUCAGCAGGGCUCAGCGAAAAACGGAGAAAAUACUGCAAAUGGAGAAGAAAACGGAGCCCAUAGUAUAGCAAAUAACCAUACAGAUAUGAUGGAGGUAGAUGGAGAUGUUGAAAUUCCCUCAAACAAAGCUGUGGUAUUACGGGGUCAUGAGUCAGAAGUGUUCAUCUGCGCCUGGAAUCCUGUUAGUGAUCUCCUAGCCUCAGGAUCUGGUGACUCAACAGCAAGAAUAUGGAAUCUGAGCGAGAACAGCACGAGCGGCUCGACCCAGCUAGUCCUCCGCCAUUGUAUCAGGGAAGGUGGGCAAGAUGUGCCCAGCAACAAAGACGUGACCUCCCUUGAUUGGAAUAGUGAAGGCACACUUCUCGCCACUGGGUCAUAUGAUGGAUUUGCCAGAAUAUGGACUAAAGAUGGUAAUCUUGCUAGCACCUUGGGGCAACAUAAAGGUCCUAUUUUUGCAUUAAAAUGGAACAAGAAAGGAAAUUUCAUCCUGAGUGCCGGAGUGGAUAAGACCACAAUUAUCUGGGAUGCACAUACUGGGGAAGCCAAGCAGCAGUUCCCUUUUCAUUCAGCACCGGCACUGGAUGUGGAUUGGCAAAGCAACAACACCUUUGCCUCGUGCAGCACCGAUAUGUGCAUUCAUGUCUGUAAAUUGGGACAGGAUAGGCCUAUUAAAACAUUCCAGGGACACACAAAUGAAGUAAAUGCUAUCAAAUGGGACCCAACUGGUAACCUUCUGGCAUCCUGUUCUGAUGACAUGACUUUAAAGAUAUGGAGUAUGAAACAAGAGAGUUGUGUCCAUGAUUUGCAAGCACAUAAUAAAGAAAUUUAUACUAUCAAAUGGAGUCCCACAGGACCAGGAACAAACAACCCAAAUGCCAACCUCAUGCUGGCCAGUGCAUCCUUUGACUCUACUGUUCGGUUAUGGGACGUGGACCGGGGCAUCUGCAUCCACACUUUGACAAAGCACCAAGAGCCUGUGUACAGCGUGGCUUUCAGUCCUGACGGCAGGUACCUGGCGAGUGGCUCCUUCGACAAAUGUGUGCACAUCUGGAACACGCAGACGGGUGCCCUAGUUCAUAGCUAUAGGGGAACAGGGGGAAUCUUUGAGGUUUGCUGGAAUGCAGCGGGAGACAAAGUUGGAGCCAGUGCAUCAGAUGGUUCAGUUUGUGUGCUAGACCUACGGAAAUAGUGCUACUAGUUGGAAGCCAUGGACCGACUAUGAAUGUGUACAUAGCCAAAAUGACUGUCCCUGACCCAUGUACUGCUCUAGUCCCACUGGAACCAUGGCCAGUCCACUACAGCCAAAUCUAAAAGAAAUCUCGGCAUACACUGUAUAGAAACAAAGCAAAAUUACACCCUGAAGAGGAUGACAGAGUUUUGUCACAGCUUGUGAAUCCUGUUCACCAAGUGCUGGCAUCUUAUCUGCUGUGCCCCCAAAUAGCGUUUAGAAGCUUGGGAUGUGAAAAGCAGAAGAGGAAAGGAACGAGACUAUACAAAAAAGCAGACCAUACGUGCACCAAAUCGGGAGACAAACGGCAGCCUUCCCGUCCCCCUGCCCUCUCCCCCAACCCUUCCCCAUCUAAUCAUUAUGAUGGAUCUUUUUUUCCCUUUCUUUCUUUUUUUUCUUUUUCUUUUUCUUCUUCUUUUUUUUUUUUUUUAUUUCCCUUAAUAGUUGAGCAGUUUAUGUGUACAGAAAAAAUGGACAUAUGUGAAUAUGCAGCCAUGGGUGGUUUCUUGCUUUUCAAGCAUUCUUUUUGGGUUUGUUUACUGAUGCAGGAAGUAAGGGAGUGAAUCUUGUUUCUUGUUUUUAUUAUUUUCAUCUUUUAAGCAUAAAAAAAAUCUUUUAAAAAUAUUUUAAUGCAUUGUUUUGAAGAGGCCAAGUGAGGUUUGGUCUAUUCUGUGGCUCUCAGAGCACGUUUUCCAUUGGUUUUGUGUUGGGGUGAGGGUUGAUUUUAAAAAAAUAUAUCUUAAAUGUGACAUUGGUCAUGUUAAUCAAGAAAGUACAUUAUUUGUAAGGGUAUUCUGCUCUGGUUUUUCUGGUGGUGUGGCUGAAAUGCAGAAGUUUCUUAUUUGGGACAUAUUUCUGCCAAACUUAAGAAUCGAAGGGCACAAAAUUUUUUUUUUUAAAUUUACAAAUACAAGAGCUGCAUUUAAAAAAAAAAAAAAUCUUGUUGCUUCAAGACCAUAGUUAAUUAUGGUUUAGUUGUGCACUAUUGUGAAAAGGAGCAAAGUAGCAUUCUGGGGUGUUUUUGUUUUGUUUUUAAGAGAUAGAAAUCUUUCUGGACAUAGGUUUAUUUGCUUCUACCAGGCAUAUACACCUUAUGUGUAGGAGCUGAUAUAUAAUGUAACCAAAUUCCAGUAUUAAAAAAAAUCUCAUGUCAAUUUUCUUUAUAUAAAUCAAAAUACCUUUGGCAUAUAUUUGAUAACACUGCCAUUAUGUGGCAAAAUGUUUACUACCUUAGUUUCAAAAGAAAUCUUUAGAACAGAAGACUUGCUUUAAGGUGUGUUUAAAUAGCAGUGAUUCAGCUUAUUAAAAAAUAAUAAUACUUGCACUAAUAUCUCUGCUGCUCUGAUUCUGCAGUUAUUAUAACUUAUGGCUAUGUUUUUUUCAAGUAUAAGUAGGUAUAAGCUGCUAUUUUUAAUCAAUCACUACUAUAUUGUCCUUUAGUCUGUUUGCAAUAUCAAGUAUUUUUCUCAACAGAUAGCAAACUUUUGUUCUGUUCACGUGACUAGGGUAUACCAAAAUUUCUUUUGUAAAUUCAGCACAUUUUGUUUGUGUGUGCUGUUGAAAAGGGGUCACUUCAUGUUUCAUGCCAGAUUCCGAGGCUAUAAAUUUCUAAGAGUAUAGUUGUUAAAUUUAUGUCACAGAUGUUUUAAUUAAGGAACAGCUUCUAUCACAGAGCUUUGCAAAGUUAACCAUUUUAUAACACUAUUUCAAUCACUAAUAAUUUUUGUGACUAUUAUUGCUUUAAAAAAGUUAAUCUACUUUGUUCUUAGUUUAGGCAUAAAUUGAUUUAACCCAAAUAAUGCAGCUUUUUUUUGCCAUUGAUUUUCUGCUAUUUUUACAAACUAAUAUGACUUGAAGCAAGUCUUCAUUUUGCUAAGGUAGGAUAGCAUUGGCCUUUGGUAAAGAAAAUACACUUAAUUCCACAUUCAUUCUUCUAUGUUCUCCAAUUAUUAGUGGAGAAUCUAUUCUAAAUCACAGCAUUUUUUAAAAAAAAUAAUAAUUCAUAUCCAGAAAGGCAGUCAUUCAUGAUGGUUUUGUGCCAGCUCUUUUUAGGGUUUUGGAACACAUGAAAGAUAUCUAGAACAAUUACCUUGUGAGUUAUGUAGAAAACCUCAUAGACUGAGUAUCUGGCACUUGGACAUCCUACUUUUAUUGGUGGAGGUCUGUGUCCGUGGCUGACCUCUGUUGUUGUUUAAAAAAAAAAAAAGUAAAAAAUAAAAAAAAUCUGUGCAAUAAUUUUUAAAUGUGCUCCCAGGAAUAGACACAAAUGUUUUGAAUAUGUUUAAGCUGCGUUUUCCUUUAGCGAUGCAUUUGUCAAUUGCACUGAAUUUAAAUCUGAAAGUCAGAGGUGAUUAUUGAUAGUACUUUUGUAUUUUGAUAUGGACAAUUUAUUCAUUUGCAUACAGUUAUUGACUGGUUUUUUCAGCCGAUUAUAAAAAGAUAGUCAAGGAAUUCUGCAAUAUGGCUGCCAGAAUAGACAGCUACAUUUUUAUGCUAUUGUCAUGUUUCCUUUUUUGAUCUUUGGCUAUUUUCCUUACAAAAAAAAAAAAAAUCCAUAAUAGGAACCCUACACAGUUAUAAAUACAGAGCUUUAUUACCCUGAAGUCUCGUCUUACUGAGAGGUAUCCAUGUAGUAGGCCUGGGCUCUUAAUGAACAUUGGAUUAUUUAUUUAUUUUUGCUGCUGUUCUCAGUAUCAUCAUUGCCUGCUGAUGUGCCACGAUGCUGCUCCUAAGCUGUUUAAAAAAAAAAAAAAAGAGUCUAGAGCAUAAAUGUACUGGCCAGAGACUAAGUUUCACAGCUUUGUGAAGUACUGUAUUUAUGGAGUUCCUGAUUUAUUUGUCUCCACCCCUCCAUUCUCCCCAAGGGCUGGUAACUGAAAUAGUAAUACUUCUUCUAGGAGGAUAUGAUCGUUCUGUGAUCUGAGUAAGAUUGCACUCUGAUCAUUUUAGUAGAAGCUAUGCUGAUGAAUUUGUUAUCAUGGGGAAGAAAGAGCUGAAUACUUCCGGGGAUUGGUUAAAGGAGAAAGUAAAGUAAGAGGAGCUGUCAUGUUUCCCAUUCAUUCCUAAAGCUUAUGCAGGAAUCUCAUUCUUCAUAUAUCCAUGUAGGGAAGGAAGCCACGUUCUCAUGUGUUUGUUCCCUUUUCUCUUAAUGUGGAUCAGGUCCCAUCAUUGACUUUCUGAUAUAUUUUAGGCCAUGAUAAAUUUUAAGUAGGUCUUAGGUUAUUAUUGAUAAUCCAGUUAUGAUGAGCAAUUCUCUAGUGUUAGAUGUGAUUUAGGAUGAAACACCUUUUACAAAUACUAAAAGUGCCUCCCUUUGUGGUUUAACAACUAAUUAUGGUGCAAAAUGCAGGAAUCACCAGAUGAAAGAAGUACAGGAAGGUUUCUUGCUUUUUGACAUGUACAGAUGUCAAGAGAAAGGCCAAAGAUUUGUGCUGAUUUAACUUCACUUUUAAAGCACUCCUUUUUUUCCUUUCCCUGCUUUAUGUCAAAAUAGAUUAUUUAAUGAGAGAUGACUAUUUUUAAGGAGCUAGCUUUGUUUAGGUAGAAUGGUUUGGUUGAGGGUAUAAUUAUAGUUCUGGAAUAGACAGGCCUGAAGGGCAAUAUAUGUCCAGGGCUCUGCAGAGGGAUUCUGUGUGAAUCACAUGGAGUUAUGUGGGCAGAGGGGAAUUGGGGUUUCACUAGAUGAGCAGAAACGAUGUCUCAAAUAUUGCUUAGUGCCAUUUACUCAAUUAGGAGCGAUGCUCAUUUUCCUCAGCUCAGGGCAUGUCAUGUUUCUCUGCAUAUCCUGUGUUCUGCUCUAGCAUGUUGCAGACAGUAUUUGGGUGACAGAUACAUGCAUACUACUAAUAGGUCACAUCUGAAAGUUCCCAGGAAACCCUCUUUUUGGCGGACCAACAUUGUGGCAUGGCAGCAAAUGCCCAUAUUUAGGGAACAGCAGCAAAUCAACAAGAGACCCUGAAAGUUUUCUCUUGGGUCAAAAAGAGUGGAAGGUGCGGAGGGAAGUUAGGAAUGACCUUUUCUUCCAGUGAUAGCUCUGAAGUAUCACAAUUCAGUAUCAAGAGUUUCUUUCUUAAACAUAAGUCUGGUUAAAGGUAGAGAAAAGAAUUUUUUAAGUGAGAAGUUCGAGUUAUGUUGGAUUUUUUUUCUCCUCCUUUUUUUUUUUUUUUUUUUUCCCAUACACUGAUUUAGAGAUAGAGCAUCUUAGAUCAGUAGUCUGAGGAGGUAUAGCAUUCUGUUUCUGCCUCUAAGUUUACAAUGUUAAUGCAGGGUGACGACUUAGGGCAUGCCUUUUUUUCCUAGUAAGCUACUUCAUGAUGUUUUUUGGAAUUUGUGAAUAAGUUCAGGAAAACAUUCUGCAUGUUGUAUCUAGUCCAGUGUACUUAUCCAUUUCUUUCUUUCUUUUUUCUUUUCUUUUCUUUUUUUUUUUUAAAGGCUGCAUUUUGCGGCUCUGUAAUCCUUGAAUACAGAAGUAAUUUUUUCCUCUCCUGACUUUGACAUUGUAGUUGUAAUGGUUUAAUUUUGAUUUUUACAAAUCCUUUGGGUCUAAUUCUGUGAGCCUACCUAUAGCACUGGAUUCAAAUGUCUGCAUCAUUUCUUUAGUUAUCCAGUUAACUUACAACUGUUGUCAAAGUGUAAACCAGCCCAUGACAGUUUUUUGUACUUGUUAAAAAGACUUUUAUUCAGUUUUCAUCUUUAUUGUCUAAGAAAGACUGAUAGAGAUGUUCUAGGCUGUCCUGGACCAUGUGAAUUACACUUAGGAUGUAUUUUGGUUCUACAUCACAAUGGCUUACCCCAAUGCCCCCAUCCCUCGGAGGCACAUGUCCCUGUUGCAGUUUCCAUUUGCAUUGUAUUGCUCUGACAACUGUAAUUUGAAUCAGAUCUGAAAGAGGUCCAGAAUAAAAUAUAUUUUGAUAUUAUGUUGGCUGUGUAUAUAUAUAUAUAAAUAUAUAUAAAUAUAUAUAAAAAUAUAAAUAUAAAUAUAAAAUUUUUGAUACAUAUGUAGUUUGUAUAGAAUAUUUACUGGUCAAGAGAGAGGGGUGUUAUAAUUUUUUCUUGUUUACAAUUUCUUGUUUACAUUUGACUUGAUUUUUAUUCCUUUAAUGUUCUAUUGUAGAAUAAACUUAUUUUGCUCUUAAGUUAGUUAUCAUAAACAGAGCAUGUCAAUUGUCUCUCAUGUACCCAUGUAAAAUAGAUAAGAACUUCCACCAAGAAAUUAGAAACUGUCAUGGUGUUUUUUCAAGAUGCAUGAGCACAAUUUCAAAACAAUUCAAUCCCUAAGAUCAAAUUUUGCAAAUUGACACUUUUCCAUUUCCUACAAUACAAUGAGUAUUUUUGAACCUCUGAGGAUUAAGAGAAAGGAUCUUAAAUUAAUCUGGAUUUCACUCUCUUUUGUAUUAUAAAACUAAAGCAAGAAUCUAGUCAUUUAAGGAAUGAAUAGUUGCUAUGAAUUAUUUUCAGUGUUUCAUCAGUGAACUCUUUAACUGUAUAAUGUAAUACUGAAGGGUUCUUUGAGCUCAGUCAAUCUUCUCAAGCACCACUAGAUUUACAAGAAAGGAUUUUUCUUGUGUUGAAGAUGCUGUACUCUCCCUUAGACCUUUCUUUGGCCCAACUCCUCCUCGUGAAUGUUGGAAAUCAGUACCCUUUUUUGGUGCCAUCCUCAGCUGACCAGGUGUACUGUUCCCUUUAAAAAAGACUAAAUGAUGACUUAAUUAACACUAUGUCUGACGAUGUCAUCCCUCAGGCAUUAGUUUCUGAUUUUUCAUUGAAGUUGAUCAGAAUCUUUUAAACUCUCCCGUGGAGGUGUUUCCAUACCAAUGAUCCUUGUGUGCAUGUGAAUGUUUCCGUAAACAUCCUUUCCCUUAAAACCUUUGAGUUGAAUUCAGUACUCUAAUAAAAGCAUAACUGUUUACAACUAUUACUUGACCAUAACCUUAGCCUAUGUUAGGAAAACUACAGUUGUUGUUGUUGUUGUUGUUUUUUAGGUAGCCUUUCUCAAUCAGUGGCUUACCUUUGAUUGCAUGACACAGACUGUAGCCAAUCCAUUACAUAUUAAGCCUUUGAAAUGGAACUGAGGAUCACUAGUGGAGAAGUCCACACAUACACAUGGUACAACUAUUUGCUUCCAAUCAUAAGCAAAGAUAGGGAAAUUUUUGGUUUCCUCACUAUUAUAAAUUAUAGUUCUUAUAUGUCAAAUUAGGUUUUACUAUUUUCCCAAUAUAUUUGUGUGCAAAUAAGUUUUAUGGUGCCUCUCACUGCAGUAUCUAGGCUUAUUAUUAGUAUCUCCAAGUCAUCAAUGAAAUGUUAACCUACUUGUGUUUCUGUGCUUCUUAUCAAAUGUCAUAUCUCCACGCUGAUUUGUUCUAGCUUGUAAUAUUUUGUAUUAAAAUUUUUAUAGGAA